GUCUAAACUUUAAAAAAUCGCUUUCCAGAAGAGGAAGAGAAAAUUGCACUACUUAGAAGCAUACAUAUAUUAUAUGCAUAAAUCUAUAUAAAAAUAUAUACACAGCCUUCCCUCCUCCCCCAUGAGUGGAUUUUUCUUGUUAUCUGAAUAGAGAUCCUAGAGGAAAUCUGGGGACUUCUUGCUUUUCUUAAUUAAAAGAAAGAGAGAAGAAAAAAGCAGCCAGGAACCAUUUCAUCUGCCGCUUGCUGCCUCCUUUUGCAAGAUGAAGAAGUUUUUUGACUCCCGCCGGGAGCAAGGAGGCUCUGGCCCGGGGUCUGGCUCCAGCGGAGGAGGGGGGAGCACCUCGGGCCCAGGGAGUGGGUACAUCGGCCGCGUCUUCGGCAUUGGGAGACAUCAGGUCACUGUGGAUGAGGUAUUGGCCGAAGGGGGAUUUGCCAUUGUCUUCCUGGUGAGGACAAGCAAUGGGAUGAAGUGUGCCCUCAAACGCAUGUUUGUCAACAAUGAACAUGACCUCCAAGUGUGCAAGAGAGAAAUCCAGAUCAUGAGGGACCUGUCAGGACACAAGAACAUUGUUGGCUACAUCGAUUCUAGUAUCAACAAUGUGAGCAGUGGUGAUGUGUGGGAAGUUCUAAUUCUCAUGGAUUUUUGCCGAGGAGGUCAAGUGGUGAACUUGAUGAACCAGCGUUUACAGACGGGCUUCACGGAGAAUGAAGUGCUACAGAUAUUCUGUGAUACCUGUGAGGCUGUCGCCCGCCUUCAUCAGUGCAAGACACCCAUCAUCCACCGGGAUCUGAAGGUGGAAAAUAUCCUGCUGCAUGACCGAGGUCAUUAUGUCCUGUGUGACUUUGGAAGUGCCACCAACAGAUUCCAGAACCCACAAGCUGAGGGAGUCAAUGCGGUAGAGGACGAGAUUAAGAAGUACACGACGCUUUCCUACCGAGCUCCAGAAAUGGUCAAUCUGUAUAGUGGCAAAAUUAUCACUACAAAGGCCGACAUUUGGGCCCUUGGUUGUUUGUUGUAUAAAUUAUGCUACUUCACAUUACCAUUUGGGGAGAGUCAGGUAGCCAUUUGCGACGGAAACUUCACGAUUCCUGAUAACUCACGGUAUUCCCAAGACAUGCAUUGCCUCAUACGGUAUAUGUUGGAGCCAGACCCUGACAAGAGGCCAGAUAUUUAUCAGAUCUCGUACUUCUCAUUUAAGCUCGCCAAGAGAGAGUGCCCCAUUCAGAAUGUUCAGAACUCUACAAUCCCUGCUAAGCUUCCAGAACCAGUGAAAGCCAGUGAGGCAGCUGCUAAAAAAAGCCAGCCAAAGGCCAGGCUGACAGACCCCAUUCCCACAACAGAGACGUCGAUUGCACCUCGCCAAAGGCCGAAAGCUGGACAGACCCAACCAAACCCAGGAAUUCUCCCUAUCCAGCCAGCCUUGACACCUCGAAAGAGGCCCACUGUCCAGCCCCCGGCUCAACCCACAGUUUCAGGACCAAGUGUUCCAGCUGGCCUUCCCACCAAUGUCCCCCAACCAAAAACCCAGCCUCCACCCAGUCAGCCAAUCCCACAGGCUCCAGCCAAGCAGCCACAGGCUCCACCCACCCCCCAGCAGACACCUUCCACUCAGGCCCAGGUUCUGCCUGCUCAAGCCCAGGCCACACCGCAGCACCAGCAGCAUCUAUUCCUCAAGCAGCAGCAGCAGCAGCAGCAACAGGCCACGUUUUACCAGCAGCAACAGCCACAGCAGCAGCAGCAGCCACCGCAGCUGGCACCAGCUCAGCAGUUCCAGGUGAUUCACCAGGGAGCCCAGCAACCAGCAAUUGCUCAGUUGCCUGGGCCACCCCAAGGAGCCCCUCAGCAGCAGCUGAUGCAGAACUUCUACCAACAGCAGCAGCAGCAGCAGCAGCAGCAGCUGCUGAAGGCUCAGCAGGCUGUGCUGCAGCAGAAGACAGCUGUGGCAGCCGGACAGCCGAAGCAACAGGCUCCCUCUCAACCUCAGCCACAGGUGCAAGUGGCUGCAGCCCAACAGCCAGCCCCUGCCCAGGAGCCCGGGAAGCAAGCACCAAUAAGACCACAAGCAAAGGCUCAGACCACGCCACCCCCUGCCAUCCAGGGGCAGAAGCUUGGAUCUCUCACUCCUCCAUCAUCCCCCAAAGCCCAGCGGGCCGGACACCGGAGAAUCCUCAGUGAUGUAACCCACAGCGCCGUUUUUGGAGUUCCUGCCAGCCAGUCGACUCAGUUGCUCCAGGCAGCUGCAGCUGAAGCAAGCCUCAAUAAGUCCAAGUCUGCAUCCACCACUCCAUCGGGUUCUCCCCGGACCUCUCAGCAAAACGUUUACAAUCCUUCUGAAGGCUCCACUUGGAAUCCUUUCGAUGAUGACAAUUUCUCCAAACUCACAGCUGAGGAGCUACUGAACAAGGACUUUGCAAAACUUGGUGAUGGCAAACCUCCUGAAAAACUUGGCGGUUCAGCGGAGAGUUUGAUCCCAGGCUUUCAGCCAGGUCCAGCCACUACUCAAGCAGAUGCUUUUGGCUCCUCCUCCUUUUCUACUGGAACUGGUCUCCAGAAAGAUCCAAACUCGUGUCCUUCGAUAAGUGUUGAGCCCUUUGAAGAGCCUUCUCACCAAGGUCUUCCACUGGAACCAGACUCCAACAGGGGGCCCGGGGCCAAAUCUCAGAACAAUUUAGAAUCUGACUAUUUGGCAAGAGGUAGGCCUUCCAGCAACAGCUCCUUUCAUAGCAGUGAAGAGGAAGGGACAGAUCUCGAGGGAGAUGUGCUGGACUGCAGUGGUUCUCGGCCUCUCCUUAUGGACUCUGAAGAAGAGGAUGAAUCCUGUAAGGCUCUGCAGGCAGGGUCAGUAGAAAAAGUUAAUGUUGCUCAACCAGACGUUUGCAAAGAAGAGACUAAGACAGCCCUUGGUGGGAAAGAGAGCCAGUUCCAAGGCUUUGCACCACUGACUGGAGAGGUUUCUGGUGAGCCAGAUGUUUUUGCCACAGCCCCUUUCAGGAGCGCAAGGCCCCAGUAUGAUGGCUUGGAUAUUUUCACCAAAGCUCCAUUUGUCACCAAGGGCCAUGUGGCUCCUCAGGUGCCUGAGGAUACAGAUGUAUUUCUGAGAGCGCCUUUCACCAAGAAGAAGAGCAUGGAAGAGCUUGUGGUCACUCAGGGUGCCGCUAUGGAUUUACCCACACAGGCUGCUCUCCACACUCAGAUGGGGGAUGGCCCACCAGUUAUUAGCCCCCUGCUCUCAAACCUUGAUAGGGGGGUACACCCUGCAGCACUCUCUCCCCUAGCUCAGUAUCCCAUGGUGGGAUUUCUCCACCAAUCUAAUCUCCCUUCCAAUUCUAUCCACUCAGCAGAAAGCCUAGACAACAUCACUUCCAAGGGGACCUCUCUGGAUACUGGAGGCCACCCUAAUGACAGAAACAAAGGUCACCCAUCCCAGAAGGAAGCUGCCUGCGGCUCUGUGGCCAGCAAAUCAUUCCGCCCCCAGUCAUUGUCCAAAUAUUCCCGUCACUAUAGCCCUGAGAAUGAGCCAAGCCUGGAAGCCCAGCCCAUUGCCGCCUACAAAGUUGUUUCCCAAAGCAACAAGCAGUCAAUCUCUGGAUCCAUUUCCAUCACAUCCUUUUCUUCCCGGACUACAGAACUGCCCAGUGUUGAUCCUUUUGCUUUGGCACCCUUUCCUUCCAAAUCAAACAAACAGAAACCUUAAGAGCAUCUUCCAUUCCUGAAGCCCCUCACCCGGAACACACAUGCUUCUCCAGCCAUCUCCCUUUACGCUACUCUCAGCUGCUCUCUACUGACUUUCUGAUCCCUCACUAUCACAGCAGUAUUUCUCUUCCAGUACCCAAACCCAACUGCAGGAGUGGGGUGGGAGGGGAGGGAAGAGGGGUAUUGAGUUCAAACAUUUUUGAGUUAUGCUCAAGUUUUCUUUUCCUUAUAUUGACUGCUGGGCUCUUGGAGUGUUCACCUUUAUGGUGGCUUUCCACAUGGGUCCUACAUUAUUACUAAGAAGCAUUUUUCUUCACCCCUCUUACCCUCAAUCUUGAAGAGGCCAGGUUAUAUAAGACCUAAUUCCUGUUCAGUGUCAGGUCAAGUGAGGAUUCUGGAAUAAGUCCCCCGGGACUGAUUUAAUGCUCUAGAAGGGUGUUUUUUUUUUUUGUUUGUUUGUUUUCUUAAAAGGUAGUUUCUGGGGGGAAAACAAUACCAGACAGCUCUUUCCUCCCAAGAGGGACUCUCAUCUUGCAGCUACUGAUUAUUCUCAUAAAACCAGCAAACUCCAGAUGGGACGCUCAAUAAUGAGUUACUGUGUGCAUGCUGGGCUGCAUGCACACUGUAAUUCAGUGUGGAUGUGUGGAUGUGGGAUGUGCCUCCUAUCCAUACAGAUACCACAAUGCAUGCUUGUGUGAUGUCUCUAUGCAUAUGUGUAGCAAUAUCAAUGAAGUCUCCAUAUCAUGUUUUACAAACUGAUUUAAAUACUCAGAUCUAUAUUUUCUGAGGCAACAUUGCAUUUGAAGCAUGUGGUCUUCUUGCAAUACGGGAAACAUUUUCCAUCAGGUAAUGCUCUCCUCACACUCCCCAGAUAGCCUUUCAUUAGCAUUUCCCUGCGGACCUAAUUUUUGAGAUCCAGCUCUCAUUUAACUCCCUUUUUUGACAAUAGAAUUGAACCCAGGGGAAGAGAGAGAUGGUAAAGCCAUGGUGGAAGGGAUAAAUUUCUUUCUGUAUUACUAUUCUCCACUGAUAAAAACCAUUCAUUUGGUCAUGCAAUAUUCAGUUUAUAUAUGCAUUUUCCACCAUGGCACUGUAGGAAUGGAUAUUUUGUUAGGAUCCUGGUCAGAGUAUGAAAUCUUAAAAGUCAAGUAGAAAGAUCAAAAGCAUUAGGCUUGAAUACAAUAUAGGAUCAACAGGGCAGCCAUAUUACUGAGCUGAGAAAGAGUUUAGCUUCAGGAUCCUGGCCCAGUUUCUGUGCUGUCUGGUUAAAGGAAGGAUGGAUCAGAAGCACCAAAUACAUUUGUCGGGGCAAAGAAGGGACCCAGAAAUCUUCCAAUUCUUUUCUCUCUUUCUGUGAUGCACUGGUUAGAGAAAGAAGUCAGUAAAUGACUAAUGUCUUCUGAAUCCCUACUUUGUCUUGGACCCUUCAUUAUUAGUGCCUUAAAAUAAUAACUAGGUCUCUGGAAGAAGAUCCCAGCUGAAAAGUUCAGCUGCAUAUAAAAGCACACUUCAUGGACAGGCUUUAAUGUGAACUCUUUAUGUGAUACCUAGUGAGAUUUGGAAAAUUCUCCAUUGGAUAGAAAACUUCAGGUUCCUACCGUGAACAUUCUUGGAAAUUAACCCAAGGCUAGAGCUUAGGCUACUUUCCUCAGUGUAACUGGUUAAGCAUGCAUAGUAUCAAAGUUGUCAGUUUUAUGGUAGCAAUACCUAUCUUGAAAGCUGUUUCUAGUUGGGACUUUACCUGAAUCUUGUCUAGUUCAGUGGUAAACUGAAUCAUGUUCUGUAUUUAAUUAAGGCUACUAGCAACAGCUUUCAAAUUGAUGUAACAACUGUGGUAGGAAUGGGAGUUGCUAUGAAGAUAGAUAGAUAGAUAGAUAGAUAGAUAGAUAGAUAGAUAGAUAGAUAGAUGAUAGAUGCCGCCCCCAGCUAAAAAGUGAUGAUAACUAGGCACCUCUCUGAUUAUGAAGCAGUCCAUGGCACAAGGUCAUCCUGCUCAACUGUUGAAUUAUCCAGGUAUACUAAACCUUUGCACAUGGAGCCUUUCUUUUCAUGGUCACUGUUGAAUAGCUCCCAAAGGCGUGAGAAGAGAGAUCAAAUAUCUAGUGAUGUUGUCUAGAACGUGUAUACCCUCCCUUCAGUGGACCACAUGGACACACAGAUAUGCACACAAACACAUAAAGAAUCAUGAAAUCUUUAAAUUAACAGGAAUCUUCAAAGUUGAUCUAUUGGUCCAACCUCCCACAAAAUGGCAGGCUCCCAGAGCAUGUCAAUACAUCUUAAUGUCUGUGGUACCACUUACUGCCAAGCAGUAUAGGACUGGUCAUCUAUUAUAAAUAUACCUCAGUCUAACAUGACAGGCCUGAAUGCCUAUAAAUUACUGUGUGGAUCCAAUGAUCAUAUGUUUUUGUUUAAUAUAGAAAAGAAUUUAAAUGUA